UCAAAUUUAUGUUGCGUUCCAAUUUUGGAGAACGGAGGUAAAAGUGCUUUUUCUGCAUCGGAAAGGUGAAGACUUCAUCGCAGUUAGGAUGGAUCGCGCAAGGUGUUGAGAGGGACCCCUCCGUCGGUGCCGUGACGUACAGUGUAUGAUAAAAAUCAAAAGAUGCGGGGGUCUGGUAAUGGGUGACAAAAUUGAAAGGGUAUCUAAGCAACAAAAGUCUUGCGGUUAGAAUUUGUCAUCAUUUGCAAGUUCCAUAUACACACCUCAAGUCAAUUGAGCAGCUUAUCUGGUAUAUUCUGGACGUUUGCGGAAAUAUAAGGGAAGGAAGCCUGAAGUAGGACUAACACGUCUGAACGUCUUUUACGUCAAAUCUAUACAGUGCAAUGGGUGUUUCGGUGUCCACCCAACAUGACCGCAGCCGCUUCUACGAAGUGCCAGAUGACCACGAGAAUUACUGCACAGACGUGGAGUCUGUGGUGUCCGUAGAGGAGCCCACACCAACCAUCAGACUACAGGAGAGCUGUGGAAUUGAUCCGAAGUCUCUGGAGUUCACUGCUGUGCCGUUCCUGAGGAUCAGGGAACGUGGAAACGGGACUUGUUGGAAUAUACCCCUCGACUGCUUCGGCGGGAAUCUCAUUGGUGGAGGAGAUAGUGUUCCGAACAUGCCGAAUAAGCCAAACAUGCCGUCGCCCAACAUGUCGAAUAUGCACCAGGAAAGCAGCUCGUAUAAUCGCGGCGGCAGACCAUUCUCGCCUCUUUCAAGUGACGAUGACCGACCAAGAAGCGGUAGUUCACGUACGCCAUCACCUCACUUUGGGGGCAGGCCAACUCAUCACGUGGAUUGGUCACCCAAGAAGGUCCUGCCGCCGAUAAGUCCCUCCUCAAGCCAUGCGUCGCUUAAUUUUGCCGAGAAGGAAGAGGACGCCUUUUCGAGUUCUGCUCAAAUAUCUGAGGAGAUGACCGAGAGGAUACAGCAGAUGAUGCAGCGUGAGACUCAGCGGAAUGACGGGGAUAAGAUCCAGCGGAUCAAAGAGCAGCGGAAGUUGCUCAAAGAAAGAUCACAGCGGCGAUCCGUUGGACAAUUUAAUAUUCCGCACCCGGAAUCCGCCGAGACGCAGCGCAACGCGAGGUUACUUCCACUCCGGGGUUCAGCUCAAGAAGCGAUCUUCUCGGAGUCGAUGAAUAUGAGUGACUCUGUGAUGCAACAAGCUCUCUUCCAUGAUGAGCAGACUGGGGGGUUCACCCAGUCCAUGGCCAAAAAGGAAAUGAGUCGGGAGUUUUCCCGUAGGGUUAGUAAUCAGAAAUUUACGUCAGCGGAUGGGACGAGUUCAAGUUCGAGUUGCUGUGAGGAUUCCGCGGAACCUGAGAGAAUUCGCCAAGAUAGCAUUCGUUCGAAACGAGGAAAGAAACAUGUGCGGGAAAAGCCGAAAAAAUCCAGUAAGAAAGGCUCGUCUGCUAAGAUGAGCAAUGAUAUGUUUGGAAGUUUGGCCACAACAAAUUCUGCGUUUUCUAAUAUGUCAAUGAAUCCGAGUGGUUCGUUUUCCGGCAGCGGGAACAGGCGUAUGAACAUGGACUCCAUGGGAUCUCUGUUUGGAAACCCCGGGGAUAGGGGACGUCUCGAUGGGAGACAGGGUGGUAUGAUGACUCACCUGGAGAACCCGUCUCACAUGCGCGGCCGGGAUAGCAUGAUAUCAGGGGUGUCCAAUUUCGGUAUGAUGGGGAAUUCGAUUGACGAGCGAGUCAUGGCAAGACAUGGUUCCAUGGGCCAAGGAUUCGGAAUGAGCAACGAGCGAGGAAUGCACAUGCAGGGGUCGAUGGGCCAAGGAUUUGCAAUGGGUCACGAUCGAGCAAUGCAAAUGCAGGGGUCCAUGGGCCAGGGAUUUGGGACGGGUCAUGGUAUGGAGUCCAGGAUCCCACAGAUGCCGAGGCAGGAUGGAUUGUUCAGAUCACCACUCGGGAAUAUGGAUCAUUUUCAAUCAUUCGGACUACAAAAUAAGUUUCUCUAAUGACUAUGCAGUGUUCAUUUCAUUAUUUCCAACUGUUAUGUCAUAUAAAGUAGUCAACUAAGUUCAUUCAUUAUCAUGCUUCUAGUUUCGCAAGAUUCGCAUCGACCUGCAGAGAAAUUUGACGUUGAAUGCCAAUGCAACACAGAUGGUCAUUCUUGUAUCUUCAUAUUUAAAGAGAAGGCUUUUUGAACAGUCCCGAUCCAUCCCGUGCGAGAUGUCGUUGAUGGUAUACAGAAACACAUGUAUAGAGUGGUUUUACGUGAUGACCUGCCAUGCUGAAGGGACAGACAAAAGAAAGUAAGGCUAAAUGUCCAGGACAUGGCCAUCGCAGUUGAAUGUGUUGCCUUGUCAGUGACCACUUCAUAGUUAACACAUUAAGGACCUGUUUCUCUCGCUCGCCUUCUAUAUCUGGUUGUAGGAAGGUCGUGCUGAUGUAGACUACAGCGCAAUCGGCUGACGGAGCCAGGACCUAUUUGAAAGUUGGAAUUUGGACACAAAACAUUAUACUUGCGAACCAUGGUGUAGUUCACCAGGGGGCGAAGAGAAGAUAUGAUUACAUGUUAA